AUGGAUCCUCCCUGGUUCACAGCUCCAAACGAUUUCUCCAAUGAAUUCCACAAUUUUGGUCAACCAUUUCUUGGCACACACCUACCUAGUUUCGAGAUCCCAGCUCCACACGAAGAGGUUCUUGAUAGACACUUUGUCGCAGACCAAAACCAUUCCUAUGCUCCACUGGAUCCUGCUUAUGACUUCUUCAUCCAAGGGCUCCAGGAUGGCUCCUCUGUGGACAACUUAGAUGGUCUGGGGGCGGCCCAAAUUACGCCUACUGCUACAACGGGUCCUCCCCGAAAGAGUAGGAAGAAAAAGGCUCCGACUCUACGUGAUGAAGACUUUGAACCAUUCAAAGACCGAAUCCUCGAACUCUAUGAGACGCACAAGCUGCCACUUGAGAAGGUUAAAACCGUGAUUGAGGAGGAAUUCGGCUUCACCGCUCAACCACGGCAGUAUCAGAGCCGCAUAACCAAAUGGGGCAAAGACAAGAAUGUCAAGAAAGUGGAGAUGAAAGCCAUCGUCCGGAAGCAUCAGCAGAGAGAAAUUCUCGAGACUGACAAAAGGAAGCUGUGUUUCACCGUCAGAGGUAGAGAGGUAGACGCAGGUAAGAUCGACCGAUGGAUGGAAAGAAAUGAUGUCCCACGAAAUGAUCUGUACGCUCCAAGUCCUGCAGCAUUCAAUUGCAGAACAAUCUCUGAGAGAGGUUCCCUCGCCCACAGUCCAGCUUUAUCAGAAAUGGGUCUCACCUUCUCUUCGGGCGGCAUCACACCAGUAGCUCAGAGUCCAAUGGCAUCUUCUCCCGCACUCUCCUUACGAGGAAUAAUCCAAGGCCGCGGCAGUACUUUCACUGGACAGAGUCCGGCGCCUUUCUAUCAAGCUCUUCCUGCCCUACGCCCGGCUUCUGAUCCAUCAGCUACAAGUCCUGUCCAUCCACUGCCAAGUUCUACUUUAAACUCCCGGCAGUAUCGCUACAAACAAGCCGAUGAAGAUCGUCUACGGUCAGAACUAUCUGUGGCGGAGACCUUGUUCGGCUCCGAGCAUGUUGAGACCCUUCGUGUAUUGGCCGUCUUGACCGAAGUUCUUCUUGAUCAAGGGAGAUACAAAUCCGCCGAAGAAAUGAUUCGCAGAGCGAUUGCAGGCUAUCAGAAGACAAUAGGCGGACACGAUAUUCGCACUCUCGAUGUUUUGGAACUCCUGGGGCAAGUUUUCGCUUGGCAGGGCCGGUACCAGCAGGCCUCAAAACUCCAAGAAGAGCUACUUGAGACCAAAAGGGUGGCUCUUGGCGACGAGCAUCGAUCCACUGUGUCCUGCAUGGCUCUUCUGUCAAGGGUGUAUCGGAAUCAAUACCGGUGGGAAAAGGCUGCUUUAAUUUCUGAGCGAGUGCUAGAAAUAUCCAAGAGGAUAUGGGGUGAAGCGGACACCGAUACGCUGACAAGCAUGGCGGAUUUGGGGUUGGCAUACAUGCACUUGGGGCGAUCAGAAGAGAGCAAACAUCUAAUAGAGCAUGCCUUCAAAUUAAGCAAUAAUCUCCUCGGGGAUGAGCAUUUUGCUACUCUGCGCAUCAUGUCUGGCCUGCGAGUUUCAUAUGCACGACAGAGCGAUUGGGCUCGGGCAGAGAUGCUUUCAAUGCAACUUGUCAACACAUAUAUGAGAAUACUGGGCGAAGAACACCCCCACACUUUGAUCUCCAAAGCUGAAUUGGCUUAUACAUAUGGAGGCCUAGGACAAUUAGAAAAGGCCGAAGAGACAGGAGAGCAAGUGCUCCAGGUACAGAAAAGAAUAUUUGGGAAGAACCAUCCUGAUACACUGCAAACUGCAGAAACCCUGAUGUAUGUAUACAAGAAGCAAAACGAAUAUGGAAAGGCUGAGGAGCUCGGAAGGUAUAUUCAGGAGAUGAAAGGGGCCAGCCAGGCGGAUAUUUAG